AUGAAAUCCCUUGAAUUCCCCCACCACAAAGCGGCCACUAUUUCCAGCCGGUUCCCGCGUGAAUCCAUACAAAAGCCCGAAUUGGUCAUCCGCUACUUCAAAUCCCUUGCCCUCUCCACCGCCCAUAUGCAGUCAGCAGUCAGACGCGAACCACUUGUCUUAUACGCAGAUGUUGACACGACCCUCAAGCCCAAAGUCGACUUCUGUCAAGAACUGGGCCUGCGUGGACCCCACCUGCCCAUCCUAAUCGCCAAGAACCCGAAACUCCUAACCAGCAGCCUCAACAAAAAGCUAAAACCGAGCAUCGGGGUCAUCAAGAGAGUCCUUGAGUGCUACCGGGGAAAAAGUACAGAUGACAAAAUUAACCUUCUCCUUUUCCACAUACUCUCAAGGUACGGCUGGGACAUUGGGAAUCAGGCGAGACUUGAGUCCACCAUAGCCUACCUUAAGAGUUGUGGGAUAGUUGGCUCUCAACUGAUCAUGCUUCUGAAAACUGAGCUUAGGUUGUUCUCCAUGCGGGAGCCUGAGCUUAAAGGACUCGUCUCGCAGGCUGUCGAGAUGGGCUUCCAAAUGGGCUCAAGAAUGCUUGUCUACGGUGUUCAUGCACUCUACAGCAAUAGCCCAGAGACUAUUAGCAGAAAGUUUGGGCUGUUUGAAGAGCUUGGAUUUAGAAAAGAGGAGUGUAGUUUGAUGUUUGUGAAGGCACCCAUGGUCGCUGCUGGUGGGGUCUCUUUUCUUUUGAAGUUCAGUUUGGAGAGGAGGAUGGUGCCGAGGUUGAGAGUGAUGGAGUUGGUGAAGUCGAGGGGAGUUCUGAAGAGGCAUCCGAGUUUUGUUACGGUGUUGUUGAUGAUGGAGGACGAGUUUGUGAAUCAGUUUAUCUCCAAAUACGGCAAGGAUUUGAAAGUGGCUUACGAGAAAUGGCGUUUGGGGUCUUCCUGA